AAAUUGAGCUGCAGGACAUCAGCUGCUGCUACAUUCAGCUCCGCGCUGUGACAGAAAAUAACCCUCAGCACGCGCAAAACAGGCCACUCUUAUUUUCUGUCAGAAAAGCGGCGCAAACAUCUGCGCGUCCGGAACAGGUCCGGGUUUGUUUGGAGGGCAGUGGAGCGCGAGCGGCUGAACAAUAACGGGCUCGGCGCAUCAUUUUUGGGAUUCCUCUCCUCUCGGAUAGCGGUAACGUGACGUUGUGCAUGAGCGGAAUGAUUUAGGCUUUUUCUGGGUAGUGUUUGUUUACUGAAAUAGACUGGUAAACAAAAACAAACCCACUGAAUGCGCUGUUUAUUAGGCCCUGGUGCACAAGUGGCCUGGACUUGGGAGGACCGAUGGACUGGGUGAUGAGAGUGCAUCUGAAGGGUCAGGUUUGAAUUCUGAUCAUAACAUACAACAAUUUGGAUUUUUUUAUGUUGUUGUGGACAUUAACAUACAUAAAAUAUACUCAAAAUAUAUAGAUUUUACUGGGCCAGAUAUAACAUUAGACUAAACCUCAAUAUUAUUAACAACAGUCACCACCCAGUUAUUGUGGCAGGACAGACUGACUGAUAUUUCAGUUUAUUCAUUUUUUUGUCUUGAGACUUAGAUAAAAUAUCUUACAUAUAACUUUUUGUUCUAAUAGUUUUUAAGAAUAUUUGCAGUAAAAUAUAACCUGCAGAAAACAACUGUUUUCAGAGAGUUUACGCCACUAAACAUUGCUUUGUUUAGAUUUAAAAGUGGAUCUUAAGUUAUUUUCUUAAAUUCAAUUAGAGCUUCAUGUGACUUUUUCAAACUUUGGAGCUCUUCUUGUCUUAUAUGUGAGGAAAUCAUCAUCACAACCUUGAGACAGGCAUCCAUCCUUCAAGGACAUACCAAAAUUAUAAAUAUUUCAGCAUAGAGCAAGUAAACAAAACCUGCCACAAAUAACAAACAGCAUCUUUGACCAGUUAAAACUUCACUAGUCUACACAAUAAGCAACCAGCAGCCAUGUUCAGCUGGCUUGGAACCGACGACCGGAGGAAGAAGGAGCCAGAAGUCUUUCAGACCGUCAGUGACGGACUGAAGAAGCUCUACAAAACCAAACUCCUGCCGCUGGAGGAGAGCUACAAGUUCCACGAGUUCCACUCUCCGGCUCUGGAGGAUGCAGAUUUUGACAACAAGCCCAUGGUCCUCCUGGUGGGACAGUACUCCACCGGCAAGACGAGCUUCAUACGCUACCUGUUGGAGCAGGAUUUUCCCGGUAUGCGGAUCGGCCCUGAACCCACCACAGAUUCCUUCAUCGCGGUGAUGCACGGCGACAUAGAAGGAGUCGUCCCGGGCAAUGCUUUGGUGGUUGACCCCAAGAAACCUUUCAGGAAGCUGAACGCAUUUGGAAACGCGUUCCUCAACAGGUUUGUGUGCGCCCAGCUGCCUAACCCAGUGCUGGAAAGCAUCAGUGUGAUUGACACACCAGGGAUUCUGUCAGGAGAGAAACAGAGAAUCAGUCGAGGCUAUGACUUUGCGGCUGUCUUGGAGUGGUUUGCGGAGCGAGUGGACAGGAUCAUACUACUGUUUGACGCACACAAACUGGACAUCUCUGAUGAGUUCUCAGAGGUGAUAAAAGCCCUGAAGAACCAUGAGGACAAGAUCAGAGUUGUGCUUAACAAGGCUGACCAGAUCGAGACCCAGCAGCUGAUGAGAGUGUACGGUGCCCUGAUGUGGUCACUGGGGAAAAUAGUCAACACUCCUGAGGUGAUCCGCGUCUACAUCGGGUCAUUUUGGUCCCACCCUCUUUUGAUUCCAGACAACAGGAAGCUGUUUGAAGCAGAGGAGCAGGACUUAUUUAAAGACAUUCAGUCUUUACCGAGGAACGCGGCGCUUAGAAAACUCAACGAUCUGAUCAAAAGGGCCAGACUAGCCAAGGUCCAUGCCUACAUCAUCAGCGCACUGAAGAAAGAGAUGCCCUCUGUGUUUGGGAAAGAGAACAAGAAGAAAGAACUGAUCGCCAGUCUGGGAGAUAUUUACAAACGCAUAGAGCGAGAGCAUCAGAUAUCACCUGGAGAUUUUCCUAAUCUGAAGAAGAUGCAGGACCAACUCCAAGCUCAGGAUCUCAACAAAUUCCAGCCUCUGAAACCCAAACUCCUGGAGGCAGUGGACGACAUGCUGGCCCACGACAUUGCAAGCUUAAUGGUCCUGGUUCGCCAAGAAGAAACACAGCGUCCCAACCCGGUUGUGAAGGGCGGUGCGUUUGAUGGCACCUUGGAUGGUCCGUUUGGCCAUGGGUACGGCGAAGGAGCCGGUGAAGGUAUUGACGAAGCAGAGUGGGUUGUCGCACGUGACAAACCUGCUUACGAUGAGAUUUUCUACACAUUGUCUCCCGUCAAUGGGAAGGUGACGGGAGCCAACGCCAAGAAGGAGAUGGUGAAGUCAAAACUGCCCAAUACGGUGCUGGGAAAGAUCUGGAAGCUGGCAGACAUCGAUAAGGAUGGGAUGCUUGAUGAUGAGGAGUUUGCGUUGGCCAAUCAUCUGAUAAAAGUGAAACUGGAGGGACAUGAACUGCCAGCAGAGCUACCUGCACACCUGGUGCCUCCAUCCAAGAGGAAAAUACCAGAGUAAAUGUAAGAUUACAUCAUCCCCUGUCCUCAAAACCUUUAAGUAGACCCACCUCAUUCGCCCAGAGAAAAAUAUCCCAUUUAAACAGGAAUAUUCCUGUAGCAUUAUAGCAAGAAAACUACAAGUGAGGAAAAAUUGAACAAAAUUAGAUCCCAUUUCCCAACUCCACUCUGUUGCUACCAUUCAAUAUCUGCAGUCUUUUCUUAGUUUCAAGAUGCAAAUAUUAGAACAAAAUAUUGAUUUGCUUUGAAAUAAAAAUAAACAAAGAUAAUGCUGCUUGUUUGUUAGCAUGUGGAUUGAAAUGCUACAUUUCUGCAGUGCUGAAAUGGCCUUUACCAGAGUAAAAAAAAAAAAUCUGAAUCUUUAUGAGUCCUCUUGCAGCGAAGACUUUAGCCAAGUGUCCUCUUUUGUCUUUAAAGGUAUAGUUCAGAUUUUUUGAAGUAGGAUUGAAUGAGGUUCUUAUCCAUGUGUCUGUUGGCAUGCCCUCAGUUUGGAGAAACGACAGGAGUGCUGACAUGGAAGUUAAGCAGCAUAUUGCUGGGAGUGGGGGCAACAGCAAAAUGGGUUUUAGCCACUAAAAGAAAUCCCACCAUAAAACAUCAGUAACAGUUUAAGUGUACGCCACACUUGAAGUAUUUUCAGUGCUUUACUAUUCAUCUUAGAGCCUGUUCCAACAGGAAAUCCAUUAACGGCUUCAGUUCCCCAUCUAUGCUCUCGUCAAAGUCACUAGACUCCACUGAGAAAAACACAUAUUUUAACUUGCUGAACAUGGGAGCUGCUGGUCGACCUCUGCCUCCAUUGGUUAGCUUAUUUGGGUUAUUAUGUGACUUUAGUGGAUCUGAACAAACCCUUUCCAACAACAAAGUCACACAAUAACACAAAGUAACUAAUUGAUCAAGGCAGGAGUAGACAAGAAGCUCCUGUGUUCAGUGACAUUAAAUCACUGUUUUUCUCAGUGGAGUCUGGCUUUGAAGAGAACGAUAUAACGGCUUUAUUUCCCCAUCGUAAAUUCCUGACCAACAGCAAAUAUAGCGGACAUUUAAACUGUUAUUGGUCUUUUUAGGUAGUUAAAACACAUUUUGUUGCUGCCUUGUCCACAGCAGUACACUGUUUGGCUUCUGUACCAGUACUCCUGCCUGCUUCUUCACACUGAGGGCGUGCUGACGGACAUAUGCUGUUUGUAAUAUACUGACUAUGGAUAAGUAACCCCUAUAACCCUACUUUGAGGCUGAUAUUUUAGGAGAUGGUAGGUAGAACAGGUGUUAGACAUGUUAGCACAGCAGAUAUGGUGAUUAGUAGAGAAAAACAUAAAAAAAUCUAAAAUAAGAAGCACUGUAAUAGAGAAAAAAUGCAAUUAAAUCCAAACUACUGGAAUCAAAAAGCAGAGAUGCAACAAUGUGAAGACAAAAAAAAAGAUUUUGUCGCAAGUAUCAUUAUGGGAGAAGUACGAAUACAAAAUAUUAUUG